CUUAAAGCAACAAAAUUAGGAAGGGCAAACGUCUGAGAAAACACAUCUCAUAUAGUACAAAGCAUGUACACUAUGCUUUAUAUGCAAUAUUAAUAUAAUAUAAUAUAAUAUAAUAUAAUAUAAUAUAAUACUUUAUACGCAAUAUGCCACCCCAAGUAUUUGGAGAUGCUGAGCAUUUAGCCUUGAAGUGUUUCCUUCACACUUGGUCAUAUUUUUCUUCAUAGUAUAACUACACUAAGAACAAGGAAACUUCAGUUAAUUAGAGUGUUAAUGGAUAUUAAGUUCAUUGUUUCCUUAUGCCACUGUGCACUCAGCUUCAAAGUACCUGAUAGGUGGUAAAUCAGCACCUUUAUUUACUGACUAAGGCAGGGGUCCUCAAACUUUUUAAAUGGGGCCAAUUCACAGUCCCUCAGACUGUUGGUGGGCUGGACCGGGUGGGCGCGGCCAGGUCAUCAUGUGACUGGGUGGGCAUGGCCAAUUUAGCAAUUCAUUUUGCCAAUUUAGCAGUCCAUUAAACAAUACACAGUAGCCCUCUUUUCUAUUCUUUUUAAUACUGCAUUGAAGUUUUUGCUCUAGGUUUUUUUUUACCAGAGGGGAGAAGAUGGCAAUGCCUGGGGAAGGAGAGGCAUGCUUUCCACAGGUCUCAUGACUAUAUUUAAAGGUCCAGCUAAUGUCACUGGUGUUGAGAGAUUCAUUGGUGAAGUGAUAGUGACUGGAUGUGCGAUGUUCACUGGUGCAGUAACUGGAGUUGGUAAAUUGACAAGUGUGGUAAAGGUAAAGGUUCCCCUUGCACAUAUGUGCUACUCAUUCCCAACUCUAAGGGGCGGUGCUCAUCUCCGUUUCAAAGCCGAACAGCCAGCACUGUCCGAAGACGUCUCCGUGGUCAUGUGGCCGGCAUGACUAAACGCCAAAGGCGCACGGAACGCUGUUACCUCUCCACCAAAGAAUGUUCCUGGUUCAUGCUUUCUCCCAUGCUGUGAUACUAGCCAUUAUAAUCACUGUGAUGGCAGAAGAAAAGACGUGUGACCUUCUUGGGGAACGGGAACAAGAAUCCUCAAAAGAACUAGCAUUGAUGAACAGAUUGAAGCCACUUUUCAAUCAAAGUUUUGAAACAGAAAGCAAGAAUGAUGAGGGCCACUACAUUUACAGACUGAGGAUAUGUCGGGAAGUCUUCAGCAAUAUGCCCAAUUCUGGCCUGGUGCAGAUCAGUAAGACAGACAACAAACAAAAAGUAAUAGGACGAAUCAAUGAGACCCAUCUUGCAAAUGGAACUAGCUGGAUUAUGCUGAUCUAUCAGAGUGGCGAUCCCUAUGAUAGACAUUGUACACAGGAAGACAGGAAAGCUUUAGUAAUGAUUAUCUGCAACCGAACAACAUUAGCAACUGGCUUCACCAUGGUGGCAGAAGAGAGGGAGAAGAUAAAGCAAUGUUCCUAUGUUUUUGAGUUAGAGAGCAGCUUGGCUUGUCCUCCGGAAGAAUUGCACCAAAAUGUACACCAUCACCUCAGUAUUGGCUCUAUACUGCUAAUCACAUUUUCCUCACUGAUUGCAGUAUAUAUUAUUGGAGGAUUCCUCUACCAGCGCCUGAUAGUAGGAGCAAAAGGCAUGGAACAGUUUCCCCAUUUUGCUUUCUGGCAAGAUCUUGGCAAUCUAGUAGCUGAUGGCUGUGAUUUCAUGUGUCGUUCUAAACCACAGAAUGUACCAGCUGCAUAUCGUGGUGUUGGUGAUGACCAGCUUGGAGAAGAAUCAGAAGAGCAAGAUGACCACUUAUUGCCCAUGUGAUCUGCACCUUUUAUUUGUGUACAGUUCUUACACAAAUGACAUUCAGUCAGUUUUCCUCUCAUCUAAUUGUCCUUUUAAGCCACUUGAUUUCAUUUUAAAUAUCCAUUAUUCUGCACACUAUUUUUCAUUUUUGUGAUACAAAUAAAUUCUGUGCAAGGUUUAUGAACAUAAAGCUGUACUAAGGAGUUUUGGAUUGAUUGCUCAGAACCAUUUUCCAAAAGGGAAGGGGUCAUGUGACAGUUUGAAUAUACACAGAAAAGAAAUAAUCCAUGGAAGAGGAAGAGGUUUGAAGUAAUACUAAAAGGUUUUGAGCUACAAUGACUGAAUGUACGUGCAUAUUUCCUACAGGCUUUACUCUUCAAAAACACUGGAUUCUGAUUUUUAAUUAUGCAGUCAUAUAAUU